GUUCCUUUGAAUAAUGGACUUGGAUAAAUAACAGCCCUUUCCUCCACUAAAGAGCUGCAGUCUCCCCUCAGCUUCCCUACAGAUCAGGAAGGAAGAGAGAGAGAACACACCCCAUCUGACCAGAUGAAGCUCAUCACGGUCAUCCUCCUCUUCUCUGUGCUCUACUGUGUUCAGAGCAAAAAUUGGCUUACAGAUUCUGCAAGAUUCCUAAAGGAGGCUGGUCAAGGUGCUGGGGACAUGUGGAGGGCCUAUCGUGACAUGCGUGAAGCAAAUUUUAAAAAUUCAGACAAGUACUUUCAUGCUCGUGGGAACUAUGAUGCUGCCCGGAGAGGACCUGGUGGGGCUUGGGCAGCCAAAGUGAUCAGUGAUGGCCGAGAAUCAUUGCAAUUUGGCAGCAGUGGCAAAGACUCUGAUGCAGACCAAUAUGCAAAUGAAUGGGGCAGGAGUGGCAAAGACCCCAAUCAUUUCAGGCCCCGUGGUCUGGACCCCAAAUACUGAGAUGACUUGUUCCCUCCUCUUUUCCCCUCCCUGCCCUCCUUUCUGUGCCACCUGGAUGGAGCAUCUGCCCUCUCUGUUUUAGACUCAUGCUUUGUAUUCAAUAAACAUCCGAGCAAAGAAUGAA